AUGUGCAGUAUUGUCUGCACAUUGAAGGAGGGGAUCAUGGCGAACUUUACCCCCGGCGAACUGGCCGUGAUGCGGAUUCUGUGGGAGCACGGCGAAUUGAAGCCGAGCGAGGUUCAGGAUCGCUUUCCUGAACCCAUUAAGAAUCCCGCGCUUCGGUCAUAUCUUUCCAUCUUGUUGGAAAAGGGGCACAUCUCACGGCGCAAGGUCGGCAAAGCCUUUUACUACAAGGCCGUCACGCGUCGUCAGAACGCCCUGCGCUCGACCAUCCGAGAAAUUGCCGACGCCUACUGUCAGGGUUCGGCGAAGAAUCUCAUUCUGAAUUUGAUUCGAUCCGAGAAGCUUACCGAGGCGGAGUUGUUGGAACUUGUGAACUCGGUACCCGUCGCGAUCCUCUUGCGACUUUCUUUGAUUCUGGCCGCGGCAUGGUUCGUCCACCUGGUCUUCCGAAACGGUAACCCGCGAUACCGCAUUACGAUUUGGCGCCUAACAGCGAUUGGCAUUGUAUUCGUGACGAUGGCUAGCGUGACUUCACUGCGGUUCGAUGUCCCCUUGUUGCCUGCACAUCAAACUAUUCCCGCGGUGGAGAUCUCGGCCACGUCUGCUGAGCGAGUAAAGACCACCCCACCAAUAAAUCAGGAAAGACGAGAUCAAGGUCCUAAUCGCGCGAUGCCUGAUCGGCAAGCAAGUACAGGCCAGGAGCGUGGAUUUUCGAACACCGGGCCAAUUGUUCCUGUCCCCAAACCACGUCGGGAGAGCAAACCGCCAGGGCAGAGCAGUUCGCUCCCCCAAUCUGCUUUCCAGCCUACGAAGGUUCCUGCUGCAACCUCUCCUGCAGAGGUUGCGAAGAGUAGCUGGGACAUCAUUCAGUACAGCGUGGCACUGUGGGUCGUUGGUUGCUUGGCGCUGAUCGCGAACUGGGGCAUCGGUCUCCAUCAACUCCUCCGGAUGUACCGAAGGGCAAAGUCGGUCUCCGACGAAGUGGAGGCACAAGCCAAGAGAGCAGCGGAGUCGAUCGGUUACCAAGGCACUUUCGAGUUGCGACACACCGAUAAGAUUGCUUCUCCCGCGAUCGUUGGCCUAUGGCGUCCGCAAAUUUUGCUUCCAACGGAUCAAUGUGAACGUCCUGAUGAGCCGGAGUUAAGGGCCAUGUUGGCUCACGAGUUGGCACACUGCCAAGGCAACGACCUGCGUUGGAAUCAUGCAUUGACAUUGCUUGCGGCUGCUCUUUGGUUCCAUCCGCUGGCCUGGCGCAUGCGGCUGGCUCACGUCGAUGCAUGCGAUGAACGAUGUGAUGAAACAGCGGCCGCUUAUCUGGGCAAUAGCGAACUCUACGGUCGCCUGCUCGCCGCGUUGACCCUUCGCGUCCACGCCUGGAGAGCGGCCUCCGCACUGGCUAUGGCUCGGCGCUCACGCGUUCGCCAGCGAAUCGAACGAAUUCAGCGAGGUACCAGUGGCAGUGUCUCGCGGUGGCGUUUGGGGUUCGUGAUCGCAGCCGUAGUGAUGAUGAUCAUCGCUACCGGUACUUUGGGCAUCAGCCGUUCACAGGCAGAGCCACCAGCGGACUCAGGUGCCGCCAGUGAGAAGCCGAGCGAAUCACCAGCGGAAACGAAAGAAUCCAGCAGCGAGCCCGAAGAGAAGCCUGCGAAGAAAAGGCUUCAGCUACCAAUACGCAUCAUCGAUGCAGAGUCGGGCGAUCCGCUUGGCGACGUCAAAGUGAGCGUCCGUGGUCGUAUCGACGAUGAACGAUUUACCUCAGACCUUCGAUCGAGCGACCAAGGUGAGGUGAGGGUCCGCGGUCCAGAGUACGAAAAUAUGCAGUCGUUUUCGUUCAAGGCCAGUAAGCCUGGUUACGUGCCGGUCUAUUACUAUUGGGAUGACGACAACAAACCGAUUGAAUUGCCAGAACGCUUGGAGUUGCAACUAACGCCGGGGCAGACCAUCGAGGGGCAAGUCGUAGACGAAUCGGGGAACCCGGUUGCGGGAGCGAAGAUCACCUUCACCAUGCGGGCAACACGCUCGACACGAUCAAGUCUCAUAUUCACGCCUGGUAAGACAGAAACCGAUGAGGAUGGUCGCUGGAGUUGGGCUUCCGCCCCGGCAGACUUGGAAGGCGUUGGCAUCGGCGCUCAGCAUCCCGACUAUAUGCGGGGGGGAAUCGGCAGUCCGUCUUCGUGGAAAAUGACAGACGGUGAAGGCCACUUCCGCUUCGAGAACUGCAAGCCCGGCCCUUCGGCCCUUUUGGUGCAGGUAGGAGAUUUCUCUCCCGCGGCUCAGGUAAUCAACAUCAACUCCUCUCUAGAACCAGUCGAGUUCACGCUAGAUCCUGCGCAUGUGUUACGUGGUCAAGUUGUCGAUGUGAAUGGCAAUCCUUUGGAAGACGUGCUGGUGGCUCCCGAAGAGUGGCAAGGAGUUCGGACGAUCGAACAGCGAAUGCGAACCGAUGCGGAGGGUCGUUUUGUUUGGGACAGUGCUCCACCAGAUGCGGUGGAGUUCAGCAUCCUGAAGCAGGGCUACAUGUCUCAGCGAAACUACAUUAUCACAGCCGGUCUACUUGAUGACUCUGAGGAACACGUAGUCACUCUCCAUCCCGAGCUAAGGGUCAGCGGAAAGGUCACUGACGCCUCAACGGGCAAGCCGAUCGAAGAGUUCGCGAUUCGCUACGGGUAUCAAUUUUCCAAUAGAGAGCGAAUCUACUGGAGCGACGAUGCUCCGGUUCUAUACUCCGGCGGUGAGUAUCUCUAUCUAGAGAGUGAACCGAAGAGCGCACACUUCCUUCAGGUGGUUGCGGCUGGUUACGAACCUCAAACAUCCCGCGCUUUGAGUUCGACCGAGGGGAAUGUGCAACUUGAUUUUGAAUUGCAGUCCGGCGAAGGGCCCUCGGGCAUAGUGGUCACUUCAGAAGGAAAGCCCGUGGCAGAUGCGGAGGUAGGCCUGGGGACACCUGAGCGACGCAUCUUCUUCAGAAAUGGGCAAUUCGAUCGCAAUCAGAAUCAGGCUCUGAUGACGCGCAGCGAUGAGGCGGGAAGAUUCCGUUUCAACCCUCUCAGAGACGAGUAUUUCCUGAUCGUUAUUCUCCAUGAGGAGGGUUUCGCAGAGGUUUCAAAGGAAGAGUUGGCGAAAAACGAAGAGAUUGUGCUGCAACCUUGGGGAAAGUUACGGGGAAAACUCUUAGAAGGGAAUACAGCCGUUGGUGGGCAGGAGGUUGUGCUCGACCGAGAGCCAGACGUUGCCAUCGAUUGGACAAUGAACAGCCCUGUGUCGGUUUAUCCCAAACCUGGGCAGAACAGUGUGCCAAUCGUCUACACACGUUUCAUCGCAAACAUCGACAAGUCGGGUGAAUUCCGCAUCCCAGAUGUUCCUGCGGGCGACUAUUUCAUAGGGCUUGCGGUCAACAAUCCCCCGUCGCCCAAUGCCUGCGGGGCAGGAGACGAAAUUGGCAAAGCGGAGUUUGAGUUCUCGGUGCCUUCAAUGCCCGGUGACCGCAGCGAUGAACCGCUCGAUUUAGGCACCAUCACUGCGACACUCUUCGAAACACUCGAUGUGGGCGAAGCGGCUCCCGAUUUUGCCUCGGAGAAUCUCCGGGGAGGGACCCUCCGUUUGUCCGACUACGAAGGCAAACUCGUUCUGCUCGACUUCUGGGCCACCUGGUGUGGUCCGUGCCUGGCAGAGAUGCCAACUCUCAAGAGAAUCUACGAACGCUUUGCCGACGACCCUCGCUUCGCGUUAAUCAGUCUCUCUUGCGACAACUCAAUAGACGCACCACGAGUAUACGUGAACGAGAACCAGCUUGCUUGGCACCAAGCCCACGUCUCGGGCACUAGUGCCCGGGCGCCGAAGGACUAUGCGCUGCGUACGAUCCCGGCAACAUUUCUAAUCGCCCCCAGUGGCCGUGUGUUGGCAAAGAAUCUUCGCGGUGAAGAAUUAGUCGAUGCCGUGGCCGCGGCACUCGAGGAUGAAGAGUUAUUUAGCCAUGCGGCCGGUGCCUACGAGCCACGUUUUCCUGUGGUGCGAUUCAAGGCAGAAGCCUCAAAAGAGGAUACACCAAUUCCGGCAGUUGUCGUGCUGGAUAAUAUCGAUCCGACUUAUGAGAAAGACGUUCCCGGCAAAGAUAGCCUUCGCGCACUAGUUCGCGAGGGCAACGAACUGUGGAAGUAUGUUGGACUGCAUUCCAGUCAAUCAGUCGGAGGUGUUCACGGAGUCGCGGUUGAUAGCGAGCGUCGCCGGAUCUACGUACGCGAGAAUGUUGUCGACCGCAUCGUCGCCUUCGAUUGCGCGGGACAGAAGCUAUGGCAGGUCGAGCAUGUUCCGGUUGGCACGAUAGCCGUCGAUCCGAAGACGGGAUACGUGUGGGCUAGUGGCGGGCCGAGUUUGAAAUCUGGCGAGACGGUGGUUUUCGACGACUCGGGUAACGAGGUGGCAACCUACCCCUUCCGCGGAAUCGAUAUGGCUUACGACCCCAAGUCAGAUGCAUUUUGGUUGGUGGGCUACGACAUAAUUAAGUUGUCACGCGACGGGAAGGUGCUCUUUCGUGAACCGGUUAACGGGUGGUGUUGCGCCUCGGUAUCGGUCGAUCCCAACAACGGCAAUGUAUGGAUAGCAGAGAGAUCGCACCCCGAUGUAUUGGAAAGUAGUAAUCGCCUGUGGCUGAGAGAUUCUAACGGCGAGGUCAUUCAGAGAAUCGAUCUAAACGAAGAUGGCAUAUCUGUCGUGGAAUGCGAUCCCUCGACCGGAGGAGCAUUGCUCAGCGGAUAUACAAGUGGGCUGCGGCGAGCAUCCGUUGCAGGCGAGGUUGAAGAACUCGGAAUCGUCGGUGUUACCAAUCUGGCUGUGGGUACUCAAAGCGGUGAUUCCUGGGUUUCCACCAAUGAGUCUCUUCUACGGAUCGACCCCAGCGGGAAUGUCCUCCAAAGCUCAGAAUUCAGCGCUGAAUCUCGGGGCGCCUGGAUCGUGGCAUUCUAG